AUGUUUCCUGGAGGUCCUUAUGAUCUUUCUGUCCUUAAAGAUUAUGAGCACCAUAUUGCAAUUAAUGUGUGGAAUGGACAGCAAGACAAAUUCAUUGAUAUCAGAUAUCGAUUACGUGCUCAAAUAGAUCAUUGGAUUACUAUAUCUGGAUUACGUCCUUUGAGAAGAUGUAGUUUGCAUAUGAUUGAUGGUAAUAUGAUAUUUGCUUUUGCUGAGAGAUGGCACGCAGAGACUAGUUCAUUUCACUUGCCAUUCGGUGAAAUGGCUAUUACUCUUGACGGCGUUAGGGGUCUUUUGAGCAUCCCAUGUUCUGGAGAGUUUUUCACACCUCCCGCAAAUGUCAAUGAAGAUUUGGCAAUUGCGGCUGCUGUUGAGUUGUUGGGAGUUGCAUAUGAUGAAGCUGUCACUAAAACUAGGACUAAUAGAAGUGCCUCGUAUAGUUUUGAGUGGUUGAAAGAGGUAUUUUUCAAGAAACUUCAUGAAGGACGAUGUGACUGUGCAGCGAGGGCAUACCUACUUCAUUUGGUAGGGUGUACCAUUCUAGCUGAUAAAAGUUUUACCCUUGUAUCUGUAAAAUAUCAGUUUUUGUUUCAAGACCUUGAUACUUGUGGUAAAUGGGCAUGGGGACCAACUGCACUUGUUGUGUUAUAUGACUAUAUUAUAGAUAGUACAUUGCCUGCAACCAAAUAG